AUGGACAAAGGAGCCCCGUCAUUCCCUGGCUUCACUGCCUUGUCCGAUCAAAUAUUUAUCCGCCAACCCGACAAGGAAAAUGAAGAUAAUUCAACACAUUCAAAACCUCACCAUGUCCGAGCAACUCUCAUAUUUGGCUGGGGAGACGCACAACCAAAAAACUUAGUAAAGUAUGCCGAUGGGUAUAGAGAGCUGAACCCAGACUCGACACAAAUCGUUGUGCUGGCACCAAUCUCAAAGGCAGUUUAUAUGAGUCUUGAACAGCGUACUCAGGCCAUGAUGCCAAUAGUUGACGCUCUAUUUCCUACUUCACCAAACACUCAGGCAGAGCAGACCGGCAUGAGCCAAGAACAUCGUAUCCUGGUGCAUGUCAUGUCUAAUACCGGCGGAAUAUUCCUCGCAGCGACCUUGAAUGCAUACCGUGAGGUUUACAACGAGCCCCUGCCGCAUGAUCUGCUCGUUCUUGACUCUACACCCGGUAGCCCAGUAAUGACAUUCAAGAACUUGAUUAUCUGGUCUCGCGGGAUGACGCUGGGUACAGCAAACUGGUUCCCCUGGCCAUUCGUUGUGACGCAAAGUCUCUGGGGAGUUUUUCUGUCAACAAAUCGGUUUUUCGAGUGGCUUAUUGGCAGGGUCCCUGCAUCGGUUUUCAGCGUUGCGGCUUUAAUCAAUGAGGAGUUUGAAACCAAGAAAGCGCGCCAGCUGUACCUUUAUAGUCAAGAAGACGAGUUAAUCCCUUAUGAGGAUAUUGAGUCUCACAUAGCUGAGGCUAAAAUAAGGGGAUAUGACGUCGAUACCUGCGUUUUUAGGGGAAGCAAGCAUGUGAGGCAUAUGCAAAUGUUCCAAGACCAGUAUUGGCAUGCCAUCCGAAAUUCUUGGGAGGACGUGACUAAGAAUGAUAAGUAG